CCCGCCGCCCCUGAUGCGCCGGCGGAGUGCGAUACCAAUAUCAAACGCUCUAGCUUCACGAUCAGAUUUCGGCGACUAAACGACAUAUCUCCUGCUGGGGACCUGCAGUUACCAACUUUACCAAACUCAAGCGAACCGAUCUUGCAAAAAAAAAGCCAAAAAUGGGCGACGAAGAAAACUCGGGAUCGGGAACUAUCUACUCCCGCAACAAGGAGGACACACUUGAGGCCGAGACCCUGCUCUGGCGCGCCAUGUGCGACUCCAAGCCCAAGCACCUCAAGAAGUACCUCGACAAGGAGGCUGUUCUCGCCCACCCCGGCUACAAGCCCUACUCUCCGAAAUCCAAGCCGACCCUACAAGAGUUCCUCGACGAGGACUGGGAGCCCUGGACGGCCUACAAGAUGCACGAUGACCCCGAGUUCGUCGAAAUCGACGUCAUGAGCUCCAGCCUCGUCUACCGCGUCACCGCCUGGCGCCAGAAGGGCAACAAGCUGGUCGCGACCGAGGGCAUCUGCAACAGUGUUUGGAAGCAGGAGCCCGGCGGUGAGUGGACUUGCUGCUGCCACCACAUGAGCACUGUUUGAGCGAAAUUUGAUGCUUAAUGAGGGUUUUUUUUUUUUUUUUUAAUGGGUUUCGGG